AUGGCGUCCUAUCACGAUUCCUACGAUUAUUAUGACCUCCGAGAACGACCCUCACGAUCCGCACGACAGCAUAAUGCCACCUACGAUCGCUACUCCGGCGUAAGACACGAUGGCACCUACGACAGCAUGAGCAGCAGGAACCGGCUGCCUGACGAUCGCACAGGCGAGAGUCGCUAUGACCCGCGAUAUCAUCACAACUCAUCUUCAGACUCGGGCAGAGCAAGAGCGAGAUCCCCACUCCGACAGCCACGGCGACGACGCUCGUAUCCGCCGCCACCGUGUGCCGAAGAUGCGGAAGUGUCACUGCGGAAGGAAGCCAAUGUGCAGGAUCUCCUCCAAGAAGUUGUGCGAGAUGAGGCGCCUGCUCGUGGCACCGUCGAUCAGGAACCACUCAUCGAAGACACCGAGCUGGUCAACAUGUACGAAAGACGCUUUGUGCUGGCAGAGUCUGACCGAUCUGCAAGACCUUCUACCCCGCCGACAAGUGAAGACGAGAAAGCUCGGAGGGCCAGGCGCAAGCCGUCGAAGCUCAAUAUCAACCACGCCAACAAUGCUCCAGAGGUGGCCAAACGGACCUCCUCACCAUAUGCCUUCAGUAAAUCAAAUGACACAUCCUCAGGCGAUCGCUUUUUGUCUCCAGCGUCCACGAAUCCUCCCCCUGCUAAAAGCACUCGGGUGGGCACUGCAGGUGUCCAGCCGCCCUCACCUCGUCGAGACUCGGGACGCUUGAGUGCAAACUCACGGCGAGGCAAUGACUAUUUCAAUGCGGUUGAAGAAAAGGCGCUUGAUGAGGCGGAUGAUAGCAGCGGACCGUAUGGUAAUCGAAAGAGAGUCAUCGAUGCUCCGUUGACAUCCAGCCCGAGCUCUACUUCAUUCGACCUUUCUUCUCCACAAAUUCGACGAGCCAACCUGGACGCCAGAAGAUACACGGACACCCAAAACACUCUGCCGACCAUGGGAAGGAUGAACAUGGACAAGUCUCGCCGGCCAACGCCCCUCAUGGCCUCUACGUCCUUGCAUGACGCUCAAGAUGCAGCUCCAUUAUCAUCAUCUGCAAACCUUCACUUUCCCGAUGCAUACAACGCCGCUUGGGAGAACAGUCAUUCAUCUUCUCGCGGAGUUUCCCCAGCUAGCUCAACUGGUCGACGUAAUACUACACGCUCCUCCAGGAUGAGCUCUGAGUACUCCUUCGAAGGCAGCAAGCCUCCUUCGGCGGGUCGGUCGCGAUCUGGGUCUCCACCACGAACGACCAAAGAGACCCCUCGACUGCCRAAGACUGAUCUUGACUGGUCUGCUCUCCUGGCCGCCAAUGCUGCUAGGCGUCCAAAGCCUUCUUCACGUCUUGCCACUUCUAUGCCUCAAGAAACGCAGCCUGAUCUGCCUCGCAGGCGCACUUUCGAACCCACUGCUCAACAGUCCGCCUCCAGUCUGCCAUACCCGGAAGAUACCAGCUUGAUGGGUUCAACGGUGUUGAUGCCGCAUGAGAUGGAUCAUGCAUACUACCCUAGCAAACAAAAUUCCAAUACCCCACCUGUUGCAUAUGAGUCCGGUACAAGCUCUACCGGUGGCGCCUCCACGGGGUCUAGCAAAGGAUCUUAUGUUGGGUCCAUGCCUAAUCCGCCCGCUCUUGUACGUGGCUACUCCGCGGGCUCUCCAACAGGAGACACUAGGCCGUCCAAUGCUAGGCCUAGACAGAGCGACGCGAAACGAGAACUUUUCGCCAGCUCAUCGCAAACCAAAAAGGACCUCGCCGCUUUGGUGAAGAAGGGACUUCCGCCUUGUCCGCGAACCGAGCUUGUGGCCGGCUUUGACGACUGGUUCACGAUCAUUGGAGCAAGCAAUGUCGACUUUUGCCCGCCUUGCAUCGAAACUCUUUUUGAGAGGACCUUCUUCCGUCCAUCGUUCCGCCGUUCCCUGCCUCGCAAUCUCGAUACCAAAGUCCGAUGUGCUUUUGGUAGCCCAUGGAUUCGAUUGGCAUGGCUACUGACCUUGCAGCAACAACGAACUGAUCUAAGCUUACUCGAGGACGUCGCCGAAAUAGAGAGCACCACUGCCCCUUGCCCUGGUAGUGUGCAGACCGCGCAAUCAUGGUACGGUCUUCGUGACUGCGAGGGCCUAUUCGUCCGAGACUUUCACCUUUGUUAUGGCGAUGUGCGAAAAAUCGAACGGUUGCUACCAACCCUUUCCGGUCUUUUCGUUCGUUUGCCGCACAAAGCGUCUUUGGAGAAGCACAUCUGUGCGAUUCGAACAGACAGCAAUCGCUUCYCGGCCUAUCUGGAUGCCCUGGUCAACACGCACGAAAACGCCCUAGCUACUCGUAAAGGAGCCGACUCGGAGCCACUGAUCGAUCUCAUCGAGCAGAAAACUCGCCUGCGGGAGUGCACCAGAGAUAACAUGCUGAUCGGAGGCCUGUGGCAUUUCGCUCCUGACAUUCCCACAUUCACAAUCUGCGAGGACUGCUUCGAAGAGCAGGUGGAGCCGCACGUGAAGAAUAACAUGCCGCUAGCUAGGAUAUUCAACCGUACUGUCCAGCCAGUCUAUGGAGAAGGGAUCGGGAGCAGCUGUCAGUUAUAUUCGAGACGUAUGCGAAAGGUGUUUCAACGCGCUGUGGCGGAAAAUGACUUCUCAUAUCUGGCGAGGAAGUCCAAGGAGAGGCGCGAGGCGGAGCUGUGGUUGCAGGAUAAGUACAAGGAGGUUAUGCGAAAGGCAAAGAGGCUUUCUAUGGAAGGCGCGGUUAGCGAGGAAGACGAGAGGAGGUUGAAUAGAGAAUUGGAGCGAAUCUCUUCGAUUUGGAAAUUGGAAUGGGAGUAG